AUACAGGUUCCAAGUUAAUCAUAAAAAAAGAAAAGAAAAAAAGCUACACCCUCUAACAUGGAGACUGCAGUGUUCACCUGCUGGCUCCUUUUUCUGCUGUUCAGCCCAGCUGUUCCCAUGUGUAUACCCACUGACUUCACCCUGCACGUGGAGAGACCAGAGUGUGACUUCUGUGUGGCCAUCAACACCACCAUCUGUAUGGGAUUCUGCAAAUCAUGGGACAGUGUCGUAAAGGGCCAACACAGCCUACCCUUCCUCAAACAGAGAGGAUGCACCUACGACACAGUUGAACAUCGUACAGCUGCUCUGCCCGGCUGUCCCAUCAGGACGAACCCUGUCUUCACCUACCCCGUGGCUCUCAGCUGCAAGUGUGAUUACUGCAAGACUGAAACGGAUGACUGUGCACACAGAGCCGGCGCAGUUGGAGCUCGGUGCAACAAACCAGUCAGACGUCUUUACCCGUAUCCUGGCCAGAGCAACUACCUGACCCCUUUCUGAUUGAUAACAUUUAACUUUCUCAUGAGUCAUUCUUUGCUGAAGUUACACAUCUUAAGCUGCAUGAUUCAUACGUGUUUUGAAAGAGAGAAACGUGACCCAUGGGCUUGUGAUGUUGCCUAGCACGUUCUGUUUUAUUGCCUGUUGUACCAGCCUGUUUCCUUGUGCCUUUGUCCCCAGAGCUGUCUGAACUGGAGCUCUGCUUCUCAGUUUACAAUGCAGCUGUUGAUCCUUUUGUGUGUUUUGUUAACCUUAAUUAAUUAUCUUCCUCUGAACUCAUAGAUGUGAGACUCAUGGAUUUAUUAUGUUUACUCUGUAAGGGAUACUCUGAAUACACCUCAAUUAAAGCUCAAGUCUCUAAAUAGC